UGAUAUAUCGUGUAUUUUGUUUUCAUGCGUUGAAACGAACUAAUUUGAGCCGUUGUUUUAUGAGUAAGACUGCGAGCUGCUUUCGGAAUAAUUCUUUUUAGUAGAAUUUGUCAGAAUUUGCUAGAAAUGUAGAGUGAAUGAAUUUGGGGGAUUUCGAUAUCGAUCUUCUUCGUUCUAUAAGUUUCAACGUUACUCGCUGUAGAUUUAAUUAUUAACAUUUUUAUUAUUUAUAAAUAUAUCAUGAUACUACCUUUUUUCUCUUUUCAAUUUACAUCGUUAUAUCGUUGUUUCCUCUUAUAUGUCAACCUUACGAACAAAUCUUUUAUUUGAGGCAAAAAGGGCUCCCUUUAUGUUUAUCGUCACUAACAACGAAACAUAUAUUGUAUGAGAAUAUUUAGCGUUGAAUUAUAAUCAGAUUUUACGAAUUUGAAUCUCAUUUUGAAAAUGGAGCGGUAGAUUCUCGACUACGGAAUAUUUCGUGGACGAUUCAAAUUCAAAGAGUUUGGAUAGAUUUGUUAACCGUUCGAUUUAUUCUGCCCUCGACGACCUAAACAACAGAAAAACGAGCUUCUUCAGAGGUUCUUUUGUAGUAGUUGGUCGUGAGCAACGUGUAUCGACGUAUCUAGAUCAAAUUUAAUCAUGGAGAAUGAAGUAACUACGACCUGUAAAAUACCCAAGACGCCAGAAGGUAUUAAAGGUAUUAAAGGAUGGAUGGGAUCGGUGUUUAUCACCACGUCACAGACUGCUUUAGGCCAGACAUUGUUCAGACUCGUUGAUUCGUUUCUCUGGGUCAUCGAGAAGUCUGCACAAUGGAGCUUACCACUUGAAGAAAUUGAAGCUGAGGACAGCGGUAAAUUAUUCGGGAAGAUAAAACUUAUCAGACCUCUACCGUGGUUUCUAUUCCUGCCAGGACUAGUGAUCCUUCGAAUCAUCAGAUGUACAAUUAACAUUGGUGCUUAUGUAUUCGGCUAUUCACAAAUCCAACCGAGUGGAAUGGUAAAAUUGAUGCAAAGGAGCCGCAGACGAUUAAGAGCGCUGAACUCGAAGAUAGGGAAAUCGGUGCGGCGUAGUCCCGCUAACAAGGACAAGAGAUUGACGAUGAUCGAGGCCAAGAAGGCCCUAAUCAGAUCUAUUAGAUUGACUUUGUCGACUUUGUCUUGCUUGGAUACGUCUAAAUCAUCGCCUUCGCCACCGCCAACGAAAAUUCGCAUAAGUCAUACGGAUCUUGAACCGGUGGCAACGCCGGACGAAAAAUCAACCACAGAAUCUGUCGACAGUCCGAUACAGCAUGAAGCGAAACGCAAAUUUUCCCAGCUCAGUUCGGACGAAGAAAGUACCGACGAAUCGGAUAGCGAAGAGCUGGGUUCGAAACUUGCAUUACUCGGCAUGGAAGAUAGCGCAGACGAUUCAGAUUUUAACCCUUCCCCUUCGGGUAUCGCAGAGAUAAACACAGCAUCUAGUUCGGCGACCAGCAGCGAAGGGGACAAAGAAGUGUCUUUAACGGAGUUGAAGGACAUUCAGAACGAAGCUAAUGAAUUCCUCCAAAAAAUUAAUUUUUCAACAUCUUCCGAGGCAGUGUCAUUGAAUUUGGAGAAAUCGGAGAGCACCGCGGAUGGCGAGAAAUACGGCGUGGACAGUUCGGAAUCCGAAUGCCAAAAGAUGAUCUCUUGGUCUAAAGAAUUUAUCGAUCAUGAAGUAACGUCUACGUCGGAGCAAUUGCCAACAGACUCGACCACAUUAUCGGAUGUGAACGACGAAAUAUCCAUCGAAACAGAGCCAGUAACUUGCGAAUUACUGCCAGCGCAAGAAUCAUGCGAAUUACCACCAGCGUCAGAAUCUUGCGAAUUACCGCCAGCGUCAGAAUCUUGCGAAUUACCGCCAGCGUCAGAAUCUUGCGAAUUAUCGCCAGCGUCAGAAUCUUGCGAAUUACCGCCAGCGCAAGAAUCUCGCGAAUUACCGCCAGCGCAAGAAUCUCGCGAAUUACCGCCAGCGCAAGAAUCUUGCGAAUUACCACCAGCGCAAGAAUCUCGCGAAUUACCGCCAGCGCAAGAAUCUUGCGAAUUACCGCCAGUGCAAAGAACUUGCGAUUCACCCCCGGGGCCAAAAUUUCGCGAAUUGUCGCCAGUUGCAAAAUUUCGCGAAAUAUCGCCAGUGGCAAAAUUUCGCAAAUUGCCGCAAACCCCAAAAUUUUACGAAUUACCGCCAGCAUUAGAAUCUCGCGAAUUACCGCCAGUACCAGAAUCUCACGAAUUAGCACCAGCGUCGGAAUCUCGCGAAUUACCUUCAACGCAAGAAUCUUGCGAAUUGCCGCCAGCGCAAAAAUCUUGCGAAUUACCGCCAAGAUCUUGCGAAUUACCGGCAACGCUAGAAUCUUGCGAAUUAUCGCAAACCCCAAAAUUGUGCGAAUUACCGUCAGCUCCAGGAUCAUGCGAAUUACCAUCAGUACCAGAGUCUUGCGAAUUACCGCCAGCACCAGAAUCUUGCGAAUUGUCUCCAGCUCAGAAAUCUUGCGAAUUAACGCCAGCACCAGAAACUUGUACAUCAGCGGAAGCUCGUACUCUCGACACAAAAGAACUGCCAAUUGUGCAAGAAAAGAAGGAUUACAAGCCUGAAAAACUUGAACGUCAUCGAGAUACUAACUAAACCUUCUUGAUUGAAAAAUUCAACCUGAAUAGAGACGUUGUCCUCUCCAACGUUCCCCUAGAUAGGAAUCGUAAAAAGAAGGAAAGACGAAAACAGAAUCUCUCGAUCAUAUUAGGACAAGUAUACAUCACAAUUGGAAUUUUACGAAAAUCGAUUCUAUUUUUUUUUUUAUUUUUAUGUUCCUAGUUUUUAGCGAUCGUUCGUUACCAAUAAAAUCGACAAAAUCGAAUUGCGCACGACCGUCGUCUAAAUUAAAAAAGCGAGAUAUAUUUAUUUUGAGCAUCACUAACGUUAAUAUUCUAAAUUUCAACGACACUGAUUUCUACAUUUAAUAAUUUCAAGCUACUAAUUAACGCUACGUAAUCGUUUGAGACACCAUUGAUGCUGGUAUUCUAAGUUUCCACGGUUCUCGUUUGUAAAGUUAAUAAUUCGGUGUAAAUAUACGCUUCUUACUUCGUUGCAUCCAUUUUGAGCUAAAUGACUUUCUAAAUUCGUGUUGGACGUUUUUCUGACAUUCGGGAUUCUGAUAUUCGGGAAAGAAUUAUACCGAGAAAGAGCGGUCUGAUCGUUACGAAAGUUUCGUUCGAGAUGGCAAUGUAUCGCUAGCACGACCAACGAUAAAAAAUAUUCUGGCAGAUAAUAGGAGAUAAUGGUUGAACGAUUCACAGGACAACUGGGAUUCUAGCCACUUAUGCAAUAUUUGGUAAAAAAUGCCUCAUCUAUUCGGCAUGGUUUAAACUUGCACGACGUAUUCUCGUGUUGCUCAAAGUACAAAAUGGGACACGUUAUCGUGUUCAGCCUCCCGCUUCAGAGAUAAUUCGUGUAGCCAUUUAUCGUGGUUGCAGUUUUUCAUGCGCGGUCGGUCAGUCUGUAAAAAUAACGUCGGGAGGAGAAGUUGGAGCUACUCUUGUAAAAUUUACGAUCGAUAGUAAUUAAUAGAGAACUAAAUUAAGAGAUAGUAAUUAUAUAGCAGAAUGUUCUUGAAACUUCGAAGAUUAUUGUUGAAAGGAAGGCCACGAGUACUGAUAAUUAUUUCAAAGAGUAAAUUAACAAAAAUCAAAUACCGUGGUAUUGGUGAAAAUUAAAUUAACACGUAGUAAUUAGAAUAUAAAAUAUAAUUAGAGUGCGUUGAAUAUAUCGAUGCGCUCAAAGUUUCAAAAAUCAGAUUCGCAUCGUUGAAGCUUCAAGAGGAUCAUUCUGUUUUCUAGUUGCCGUUCAAUUUAAAAAAUUAAAAUAAAGACACUAUAUAUUAAAGAAGACUGAAUAUGAUUACUUAGAAAAGCUUUUGAUCUCUCAGAGGUGGAAUAACAUUUUAGAUCACGUUUACGAUAUCCUUUAGGAGCGAUUAAAAACCCCGAUAUGAAUUUCCCUAAAUAAUCAUAUUAAAUUAAUCUAAAAAGUGUACACGAAUGUGAAAUUAUCUAAAAUGUUUUUAUAUUACUUUUGCAAAAUGAAAUUUCUAUUUUCGAACAUAGUGUCAUUUCUUAAUAAAGAAAGCCAGAUAUA